AUGAGUGCCAACAAAAGUUCAAUCAUAGAGGUGAAUGCCAUAAAGGCAUAUUACAAAAAGACAUUCACUAAUGAAUUGUUAUUGACCAUCCAGAAGGAAAUAAAUAUAGAAGACCUGCUAUACUCGUAUAACUAUUAUUCCAGUUUGCUUACGGAAGAUGACAAGUUUGACAAUGAAGAGGUAGGAAGUGAUUAUCUAAAAUUUGAAGAUGAAAUAGAGGAAUCAAAAAUGUUAGAUAGUGAUAAGAAAUAUAAAGUAAGAAAAGAAAAUUCCGAUGAGGACAUGAUCAAUUAUUUCGACCCAAACAUAAAUGAAGAGUUGUAUGAAGAAAAAAUCGAGCAGACAUUUGUUUAUUUAGAUAAUUUCUUGAAAUCAUUUCAUGUUUCAAAUGAUAAUAACAAUUCAGAUGACAUGCAUAUAAUAAAUGAAAUACUUCAAAAUUUAGUAGUGGAAAAAAUAAAUGAAGAUGAGUAUAAAAUUUUGAAUAUGCAAUGUGAAAAAUCACAAAUAUAUGAAAUUACGUUAAUUAUUAUUGCAUACAUUAUUAGAAACAUAUUUAAUUUAAGUUUGGGAAGAAAAAUUAUAUUUUGCAAUGAAAAAAUGACAAAUCUUCUCCUAAGAGCUUUAUAUAAACAAAAUAUAUAUAUACAAAUAUUUACAUUGAAAAAUUUAAAAAAAUAUAUGAUAGAAGAUGGAGAAUAUUAUGAAGACAUUCAUUUAAAAAUGAUUAAAAUUUGUAUCUUUAGUAAAUCACUUUGUUCAUUCAAUCGAUCUAGUGAAAUAGUAAAACUUCUAGUAAAAGAGAAUAUCCAAGUAAAUGAAAUAUUUGAUUUGGAUUUUCUAAAAAAACUUAAACGAACAUUGGAGAAUUCAGAUAAUAUUCAACGCUUGAGGUUGCUUGAUCUUAUUUCAGAAUGUGCAAAUAUAAAUAGCAAACAAAUUUGCGACAUUUUUCUAAUCAAGAAAAAAAAAAAUAAACCUUUGGAUAGUGACGAAAAAGAUAGUAAUUCCGAAAAAGAAAAGGAAGAAACAUACAACAAUGAUUUUCCAUCAUCAGGUACAGGGAAAAAUGACGACAUUAUCAAUUUGGAAAUGUUCUCCUACGAUAGCGAAUACGAAGAAGGGAAAUGCACCUAUGAUGAUAUAUCGUUUGUGAGUAAAAAUUUAGUAGAAGAAGAAAUGAAAAAUCACAAUUUAAAAUUAAGUGACAUGUGUAAAAUGAUAAAAAUUAAUGUGUAUAAAUAUUUGCACAUGAUUUAUGAAAAAGAAGAUUUAUUAUUAAAAAUAAAUGUGUUAGAGAUUUUUUCCAAAUUUGUCCAAAAUGAAUACUACAGUGAUAACAGUACAGUUGAAAACAGCUAUUUUUUACAUACAGUACUGAAAGACCUCAAAAAUGUAGAUGAUGAAAUUCUUCCGUUAAGUAUUUUGAACUCACUAAUUUGUUAUGCAAAAAUGAAUUCAUCACUUCUUCAUUUUAUAGUCAAUACACAUGAUAAUAUUUUGUUGAAGACCAUAAUUUAUUAUCUUACCAGUAAUGCAGAUUCUAGUAGUAACGUCAAUGUGGAAAAGUUAAUUGUAGGCUUAAAAUCAUUUGGGUACUUUUUUUCACUUAAAGAAUCUAGCCAAGUUCUUAUGAAUCUAAAUUCAAGUGCUCAUCUUAUUGCCAUCAAUAAUAUAAGUACACAUUCACACACAAGCGUUCUAAGACAUGCCUUAAAUAUAUGGACAAAAAUAUUAAGUUCAGAAUCCAUGAGUUUUGAAUGGUAUAAAGAACUGAUUCAUAAUAUUCUCUUUCAAAAAGUUAUUGCAAUACUCAAAGAAUUAGAUGAUGAAACAAUUCAAAUAAAUACAUAUGAAGUUCUACAUGCCAUGGUCACAUAUGACAUUACUGAUUUUAUUAUACAAGAACAUUGGCUCCUUAGAACUCUCAAAAACAAUUUUGUAAACAAUAGUUACGAACUUAAAAUGAGUAGGUAUAACUUUUUUAACCACCUGUAUGAACUUAACAAAAUUACUAUAACCAAUGAUGCUUUUGCAGAUAACUUAAUUAGUAAUUUUUUGGAAAAAAUACCAAAAAGGUACUAG